AUGACGUCCAAAAUUGGAUUUACGCUCAUCUCAAACACGAGGCAUGUUUCUCGUGUUAAACGCAAAGGGAGUGCGAUUGGAAGGAUUGCAUACAUUGUGAAUGAAGACAAGAUAUUGCUCAGGCAGAGAUACAAAAAUCUAAAAAUCCAGUUAUUUUCAUUGCCAUUUGCUGCUGAACAAGUUGUUGCCAAAGUUGAGAUAAACAAUCCUAUAUUUCUAGACAAGGUCAGAGCUUUGAUCGAUAUGACAGUAACUAUCUAUCCAACUUUUGGGGUCCCUAAGCCGUCCUGCCAUGCCAUCCGCCCUCCCACUUUGAGCUUCCCGACAACCACCACCAAGCCCAAGGAGGCGCCGUCCUACUGCUACCUAAUACAAAGGCUGAUCAGAGAUUCAAAGGCUGAUCAGAGAUUUAAAUUUGUUGCUGAGCGGCGAUGUGAAGAACGAAAAGGGCUUGGUUCGCGAGCUAAUCAAUAUGACCUCUUCCUAAUCGUUGAUCUUAAGCGAGCCAAAAAAUGUUAUCAUCAAGGUUAUGGUUCUUUGACUUAUAGUGUUGUUUUGGCCUUCUCAACAGGAGUCGUAGAGGGAAGGAGGUCGCGACUUGCGUUUGCCACGGAUGAGCAGUCAGAGAGUGACCAAAUUUGGGCUCGAAAGAAAGGAAUUCUUAAUUCAACGAGCAUGGGUGGGCUGGGCUUCUGA